CAAUAACGGUACAUAGGCAGCUGUGGUAAACCUUACGUGUUUACAAGAAUAUCGAAAAUAAUGGGGCGAACCGUAUAUGCCGAGGAGCGUCUUUACAAUUAUUUAACGUCAUUAGCAAAACCAGACGAAUACACGAUAGGACUAAUUUUGGGACAGAGUGUUGGUCAAAAAGAUUUUAUUGUACACUUAGCAAAAACACCACCACCGCUUGGUAAAAAUGUGGUUGAAGAAACAUUGCUGAGUUCUACAACAAAUUCUCAACAAAAUGUUACUGAAAAUCACAUUAAAUCAGUGAAAGAUAUACCUGAGAGUUGGGUUGCAGAUCAUGCAAAACAUGUUACUAGAAUGUUACCUGGUGGAAUGCAUGUUCUUGGUACAUUUAUAGUUGGACCAGAAGAUACUAUAAUUGAUAGAGAGAGAACUUUUCCUAUUGGCUGGCGGCCCGCCAUACUUCGACUCUCGGAACCUCAGCCACGUGGUCCGGCCACCAAGAGAAUGAAAGAAAUGACUUCAACAUCAGGAAACAUCAAGAAAUGCAAUUAG